AUGGAGAGAGAGAAGCAAGAAAGCUUCAAAGUCCUCAUGUUUCCAUGGUUAGCUCAUGGACAUGUAUUCCCAUUCCUCGAACUCGCCAAACGCCUCUCAACGACACACUACUUCACCAUGUACCUAUGCUCCACCACCAUCAACCUAGAUUCAAUCAAAUCCAGUCGUCCGAAGAUGCUGCUAUCAGUGAAACUAGUAGAGCUGCACAUGCCAUCUCCACCUCAGCUCCCUCCCCACCUCCACACCACCAAGAAUCUCCCCUCCCAUCUUAUGACAACCCUUAUCAAAACCUUCCAAGAAUCAAGCUCAAGCUUCUCAGACAUCGUAGAUUCACUAAAGCCAGAUCUUGUCAUAUUCGACGUAUUACAACCAUUUGCGCCCAAGGUUGCUUCAUCCAAAGGUAUACCUAGUGUCUACUUCUCAACCUCUGGCGCAACGCCCGCGUCUUACCUACACCAUUUGUAUACAGUGGGGAGUGGUGCUACCUUCCCAUUUCCAGCUAUAAGUCUUCCUGAUGAUGAGUUGCCAAGGAGGCUUUCCCUUCUCGCGCAAUAUAUGAAGGACGCAGAUGAUGAUUUUGCUUACGGAGCAUUGACAAGAUCAACAGACAUAGUCCUGUCAAAGAGCUCCAGGCAUGUUGAACAGAAGUAUGCAGACUAUCUCUCUGCUUUGAGCAAAAAGCAGAUAGUUUGCACCGGCCCCUUGAUCGCUGCGGAUGUUGACAGGCACGAGGAUAUCGAGAUCAUGAAAUGGCUAAAUGGGAAGACUCUUGAUUCUACAAUAUACAUCUCCUUUGGCAGUGAGUGCUUUUUAUCCAAGAAGCAGAUUGGAGAAAUAGCAAAAGGGCUGGAUCUUUGUGAUGCUAGCUUCUUGUGGGUGAUCAGAUUUCCUGCUGAGGAGGAGGCGGGCACGGGAAUCAGACUGAUCGAAGAAGAACUGCCUGCGGGGUUUCUUGAAACGGUGAAGGAGAGGGGGUUGGUUGUGACAAAAUGGGCGCCACAGACGAAGAUAUUAGGCCAUUUGAGUAUAGGUGGCUUUGUGAGUCAUUGUGGAAGGAGUUCAAUCACGGAGAGCAUGUAUUUUGGUGUUCCGGUUAUAGCUAUGCCGAUGAAUGCUGACCAGCCUAUGAACGCUCAGCUAAUGGUGGAGCUGGGUGUUGGCGUGGUGGUUGAAAAGGAUCACGAAAAUGGAGUGUAUGUGGGGGAGGAGGUUGCUAAAGCAAUCAAUAAGGUGAUGGUGGAGAAGAACGCGUUGUAUGAAGGUCUGAGGAGCAGAGCUCGGAGAUUGAGUGAGACGUUGAGAGAGAAGGAAGACGAAGAGGUGAAUGAAGUAGCUCAGCAGCUAUUCAAGAUUUGUGCCAAGAACAAGAAAUAA